AUGGCUCAGGUACUGGCUCAGGAACCGGCUCAGCAGCCGUCUGUGGCAUCUGUUCAAGCUGCGAUGAUGGAAGAGCUGGGAUGUCAUCGUCAAGAUCAGUUGCCGAUGGAUGACCGGCCUAAGAAUCACCCUCAUGCGAAUUCCGGGCGAGGAGCUGGCUUUCAUGCUGCUCUAAACCAGAUUGCGAGAACUGCUCCGGUGCAGAGCGCAUGGAGAGCUGCGAUCGAACAGGGUCAAUUCCAAGAUGACGAUGCCCAGGUCGUUGAGGGACUUGACACUCUCGGCGGAGGUCGGCUUCAUGAUCGAAGGAACCAGUUCCAACUCUCAAGCCGGGUAUCAAGCCGACUGGCAGCCCAGCACGCAACAAUGGGACAUUCGAACGCUAAUGUACAGUCACGAAACGGCCGUCAGAGGGGCAAUGGCCGGCAGCAGGCCCAGACUCGAGCCCAGCGUAGCUCGAUGCCGAACCAGGGGCCCAGACGAAGACCACCAACACCUCUCAUGACCCGUGGCAUGGCGCAUGAUGGCGACGAACUGGUAGACAUGAGCCCGGUCAACAACACUGUACGGGUUUCGAUGUCCAGGGGUGCGGCAGCCAGCCCUAGGGUUUCACGUGCCGGCAUUCGCCUCCAGCCCGCGAGCUCACUGGCAGGCAAUGGUCUCUUGGAGAACCAACCGCCAUCGGGGUCUACAACAGACCCGGCAGAGGAGCUAUCCAACAUCGUAUUCCGUGCAGAUAUUCGAAUUGUUAAGCAUAGAGACUCGAGACCUUCUGGUACAGUCUUCUUGUGCGGCCAACAGCCAGACAUCUCUUUCUGCUACAUCUAUCAAGGUGCCCAGCCGUACUUGAAGAUAGCUGUCGUCGCCAUUUUUGACUACUCGGCGAGCUCAAAGGAGCUCUCAAUCUUCUACCGUUCAAGCGGCCUGCCGCAGUUGACCUGUCUUCUUGAGUUUGACUCUCAGCGAACUCUAAAGGAGUACGUUGACACUAUGAAGUUGCUCCAAGAGCCUCCGGCAUCCAAGACGAUGGUCGAGCAGGGAAACUCCACCGCUGAGGCGAUUAUAGAGCCUAGAAUUCCAUCCAGUCAAAAUCAACCAGCUGCACCUUCUGGAGAGAUCUCAGCUGCUCCUCCUGAAGAGACCUCGACAGACCCAACACCAGAAACCUCGGGCCUUGACACCCUUCCUACUGACGCAGGCGAGCCCGUGUCAACUUCUAUCGCCGCAUCGGCUCCGGCAACGAACGAAGUGGUUGAGAUGGAAGAGAGCGACCCCCUUGACGACGAUCCUACCUUGCCCACAACUGGAGGCACUGCUAACACGGCCAAUGUUGGCCGCGAGCCAUCUCUUUCCCUCGCUUCCGGAGCCAGUCCUGUUGGCGGUGCAAGCUCUGAGGGACAUGCGGCAGAGGCAUUUGGAGGAGAAGCUAUUCCUUCUAGACUCUCCAUCGAAAUCCCGGAGAGCUUCAAUGGCGAGCGGCCAACCCUGGUCAACCUCGAAGACGACGAUAUGCCUCGUGUUGUCCUUCCACAGGCGCCCAGCUCUGCUUACACACAGGAUCUAGAGUCUCUCAACGGAUCUCUGGCAUCAUCUUUAGUCAUUUCACCGGUCGAUACUGCCAGUCCUGACACCGCCCCUGGCGAGAUCUUGGAGCCUCAAAACCCCCAUGUUUCGCCAGGCUAUGACGUUUUGAUGGCAUUGAGAAAGAAGCUUCGGGAGAAGGUCAAGAUCUUCUCGAGGCUCCUGAUGAAGAAGGACAAGCACGUGCCGGAGGAGACGCUGGUGGAAAUCGCCAAGACCACUGUCGCCGAGCAGUAUAUGAUGUCAAACAACGAGGAAUACGACAACCUCACUGACGAGGACAAGCAAGAGGCCAUCGAGGUUAUCGUCACCCUCAUCGAUAGCCUGCGACGAACGUAUUCACGAGCCCAAUUGUUUGAUAUACGCCCCGAUGCGGUCUGCCCGCCAGACACCCUCUCCAGGAUGCACCUAGUUCGUCGACCGCCGGUCCGCCCUCCUCCUAUCUCUGUCGGCCCAGCCACAUCCACGAGGGACCAGGAUAACAUAGAGUAUGUCGAUAGAUCGGAGACUUCUAGGACCCCUGUCUCAGGUUGGGGCUCGAAGGGCUGGUCUAGUUCAGAUGACACUCCGAGCACUGAACAACCUGCCGCCGAGGUCCCGAACAACCGCAUGCCAACUGGAGAAGACCGUCUGUGUGACUCACGCUAUGAGCUUCGAUCCGUACCAACCGAGAGGAGCUCCUCGACGGAGCACGAAGUGGGUGAGCUUGUGGAUGUAUCGACCACCCCCGACGCCUCGGUCAACUCGCACCCUGGCGGCAGGGGACUUGGCCAGUCGCGAUGGGCGGACCCGAAUGUAGAGAUCCGGCAUGGGCAUGCUUUCACGGGCGUUACUACAUAUAUGGCAGGUUCUCUCCAUGGAACUCCUCGGAGCCAGUAG